AUGAAAAGAAAAAGAAUCGGGUUUAUGAAUAGAACAGGGGAAGCGGAUGUCUGUUUUAUACAGGAGACUAAGCUGUCAGGUAUAAAUGAGGGCAUGUGGGGAGAGGACAGGUUUGAGUUCUCAUAUCUGGACGCAAUUGGGGCUUCGGGAGGGAUUUUAACGAUAUGGAGGAAGAACUUUUUCAAGGUUUUGUUCAGCUUUAGAGGAGAGGGUUUUCUUGGGCAGUGCGUGGAGAAGGAGGGUAAGCUGAUAUAUCUGGUUAACGUUUAUGCUUCUUGCGUUAAUUCAAAUAGAAGGGUCACGUGGAAGAAGCUGGUAGAGUAUAGCCGUAAGUUUCAACAGGGAGAUUGGUGUGUCGGGGGCAAUUUUAAUGCUGUGUCAGCCCAAGAAGAAAGAGUGGGGGUUGCUGGAAGUAGACAUAGGAAGGAGAUAUCUCAGUUCCAGGAUUUUAUAACUGAGAUGAAGUUGGUGGACAUCCCUACAAUAGGAGGCAAAUACACUUGGUUCAACAGUAAUGGCAAGUCUAUGAGCAGGAUUGACAGAUUUUUACUUUCAGAGAGUUUCAUAGAGGAUUGGAACAUCGAGGGGCAAUAUAUAGGUGCUAGAGACAUUUCUGAUCAUGCGCCAAUUUGGAUUAAAAACAACAGGAAGGACUGGGGGCCGAAACCUUUCAAGUUCAACAAUGGUUGUUUAAAACAUCCGGAUUUUGAAAAUUUCGUUAAGGAAGAAUGGGGUAAGAUAGUUGUCAAAGGGAGAGGGGAUUUCUGUUUGGUUGAAAAGCUGAAGAUUCUUAAGGGCAGGCUGGCUUGGUGGAACAAAUUUGUUUUUGGAUGGAUUGACUUAAACAUUAAAAGUGCGCAAGAGGAGCUGAGUUUUUUAGAUGACGUGUUUGCUAAUUUUGCAGGUAGAAGAAGCAAGAACAAGUUGUGUUCUAUUCAAUUCAAUGGUAGGAGGUUAGAGGAAGUGUCAGAUAUUAAGGAAGCUGUCUUUAAUCAUUUCAAUGGAUUCUUUAUGGAGCCGGAGCUUAACAGACCUGUGUGUUCUUUUCCUAAUCUGAAUUCUCUCUCUAUGUCUGAAUCUCUGGAGCUUGAAAGUCCGUUUUCUUUGGAAGAACUGAAGGAGGCGCUUUGGGAGUGUGAUGGAAACAAGAGUCCUAGCCCGGACGGUUUUUCGAUUGAUUUCUUCAAAACUUUCUGGUUGAUCCUCAAGGAAGAUUUGCUUAAGUUCUGUUCUGACUUUUAUUCUAGAGGCAAGCUGGUCAAGUCCAUCUCUUCGGCUUUCAUUGCACUUAUUCCCAAAAAUCAUAACCCCCAAGAUCUAACGGAGUACAGACCGAUUUGCUUGGUUGGAAGUCUUUACAAAAUCUUAUCAAAAAUGCUGGCAGCUAGGGUCAAAAAAGUGAUGGGGAGACUUAUUUCGUGUAACCAAUCAGCAUUUGUGCCCGGAAGGAAUAUGCUGGACGGUGUCUUGUUGGUCAACGAGGUUAUCGAUUGGGCUAAACGGAAUAAGUCAAGUUGUCUCCUUUUGAAAGUCGAUUUCGAGAAAGCUUAUGACUCUUUAUCGUGGAAUUUUCUUAGAGAUAUGCUGGUGAGGAUGGGAUUUGGCAAGAGGUGGUUGAUGUGGAUGGACGCGUGUAUUUUUUCUAGCCAUUUGUCUGUUCUUGUUAACGGGAGUGCCACUCAUGAUUUUAUGGUUCAUAGAGGGUUGCAUCAAGGAGAUCCGUUGUCCCCGUUCCUCUUCGUAAUUGCAAUGGAAGCCCUUACAACUUUGAUUAGAAAUUCUGUUGCGGUGGGUGGUUUCAAACCGUUCCAGUUUGGGAUCGAAGAGGGAGUCGACAUUCUUCAGUUUGCCGACGACACCGUUAUUUUUGGGGAAGCAUCUACUGCAAAUUUGUGGAAUCUGAAAGUUAUUCUGAGAGGUUUUGAGUUAAUUUCAGGUCUAAAAGUUAAUUUCUCAAAAAGCAGUGUUAUGGGAGUGAAUGUGGGAGAUUGGAUACUGGUUGCGGCAACAAAUUUCCUAGCUUGUAAGAGAGGUAAUUCUUCCUUUUUGUUUCUUGGAAUUAUGGUGGGAGUUAAUCCUAGAAAUAAGAAGGUGUGGUCUAAAGUCCUAGAUAACUUUAAGAAAAGGUUGGAUUCUUGGAAGGGUCGGAAUAUAUCUAUAGGAGGUCGGGUGACGCUCAUAAAUUUGGUGCUAAAUGCUAUUCCUUCCUAUACGUUUUCAUUUUAUAAAGCUCCGCUUAAAGUUUUGAAUCAAAUUAGAGGAAUCCAACGUAAUUUCUUGUGGAGCGGGAAAGCAAACAAGAGGAGUAUAAACUGGGAUGACGGGGCUGUUUGGAAGAGAUUUGUGCAGUGGAGGUACAAGAAUAUUAGACUUAAAGUGUUCCUGCCAGCGGGUGAAGGUGUUAACGCGAAAGAUUCGAAAUGGUGGCGUGAUGUUCUUUCCAUUGAUAUAUUAAGGGACAAUUCGGAAGAAGGUUUCAGCUCUUGUUUGGGAAAUCAAUCGCUCCGAACAACUUUCCCGGAUUUGUUUGAUCUCUCAACCAAUAGAUAUGCAUCAGUUGGGGAUAUAGUAGAGUGGGAAAAUGGCACUCCAAGAUGGAAAUUUGAAAAUCUUUUGGAAUGUGGCUCUUAUUUCCAGGUUGUUCAUACAGUAGGAGGGCUGCAGUCGGCUAACUGGCAGCAGUUUCUGGAUAUUGUUAACGCGUAUUUGCUGGAUUCAUCUGCAGAGGACAGCUUCGUGUGGACACCCAGGCAAGAUGGUGUUUUUACAGUAGCCAGCGUGGCUGUUUUGCAAGAGGAGCAUAAGGAAUUUGCUUGGGGUUCGGAUAUUAAUAGAAGGCUCAACAUUAUGUGGAAAUCGUCUGUUCCGCUAAAAAUUAAAAUUUUUGCUUGGCGGUUGUUGAUUUCUAGGCUGCCAUUGAAAGAUAUGUUGGUGCUUAGAGGAAUGGUAGCAAACAUCAUAGAUCCUAAAUGCCCUUUUUGUGACAUGCAUGAGGAAUCCUUGGACCAUUUGUUCUUCUUGUGCCAAGCUUCUAAGAAUAUUUGGGAUAAGGUUCUGGCGUGGAUUGGCUUUAGUUCAGGUUCUUUUUGGGAGGUGUUUUUGGGCCUAGACGAUAUUCAACUCAAGGUGACAAACUCACAUAUUCGGAAUAAAGUUAAUGUCAUUUGGUUGGCGACUACGUGGAGCUUAUGGCUUAUGAGGAAUGAUAAUGUCUUCAACAACGUCCCUUUCAGCUUUGAGACGGUGUUUAACAGAAUUGUGUUUCUGUCAUGGAGGUGGUCGGAGUGUAGUUUUUUGUUACCUAGAUCUAGUUUCUAUGAUUGGUAUAAGUUACCCUUAUAG